CGCGUGCUACGCGCUGGGCUUCGGCUUCCCGGCGCUGCUGGUGCUCAUAUCCAUUGUUAUUUUUGUUGCUGGGAAGCCUUCGUAUAGAAUAAAACAGCCUCGCGAUAACGUCACAUUGAAAUUCGUGUCGUGUGCUUGGUAUGCCUUGAUGAAACGACUUCGAUAUGAUAGAGACAAAGACGGCCCGCCACUUGAACACUGGCUCGACUACGCCUCGGAAAAGUACGGAGAAAAGCUCGUAUCGGACAUGAAGAUAGUAUUUUCAAUACUCUACCUUUAUCUGCCUGUGCCUAUAUUUUGGUCUCUAUUCGACCAACAGGGUUCCCGAUGGACUUUCCAAGCGUCGCGGCUCCGAAGCGAGGUGUUUGGAGUGACGCUAAUGCCCGACCAGUUACAGGCAAGCUCAUAA